AUGGUAAAUUAUCAAGUUAUCCCUUGCUUUUCCUCAUUUCCCCUUUGCUUCCCCUCAUUUCCCUCCCUGCUUCCCCUCAUUUCCCUCCCUGCUUCCCCUCAUUUCCCUCCCUGCUUCCCCUCAUUUCCCUCCCUGCUUCCCCUCAUUUCCCUCCCUGCUUCCCUCAUUUCCCUCCCCUGCUUCUCCUCAUUUCCCUCCCUGCUUCCCCUCAUUUCCCUCCCCUGCUUCUCCUCAUUUCCCUCCCCUGCUUCUCCUCAUUUCCCUCCCCUGCUUCUCCUGAUUUCCCUCCCUGAUUCUCCUCAUUUCCCUCCCUGCUUCCCCUCAUUUCCCUCCCCUACUUCCCCUCAUUUCCCUCCCCUGCUUCUCCUCAUUUCCCUCCCUGCUUCUCCUCAUUUCCCUCCCUGCUUCCCCUCAUUUCCCUCCCCUGCUUCUCCUCAUUUCCCUCCCCUGCUUCUCCUCAUUUCCCUCCCCUGCUUCUCCUCAUUUCCCUCCCUGCUUCUCCUCAUUUCCCUCCCCUGCUUCUCCUCAUUUCCCUCCCCUGCUUCCCCUCAUUUCCCUCCCCUGCUUCCCCUCAUUUCCCUCCCUGCUUCUCCUCAUUUCCCUCCCUGCUUCCCCUCAUUUCCCCCCCUUGCUUCUCCUCAUUUCCCUCCCUGCUUCUCCUCAACACGGCUGCGGCUGGACUUCAUGUCUCUUUCGCGGAGAACAUAA